ACUUCGACAGUUCUUGUGAGGAUUAUUCUACAAAAUGUUUAUCUACGAGGAGGCUUUAACUAAAGUUGUGAAGCACAUGCUGGCUCGGAAAAACAUCGUGGUGGAGGAUAAGUCCCUGGCACUAUUGUUGGCCCGCAAAAUGGGCGACAGAAUUACCGACAUGGCCAGAAUGACCUGCGAUGGGGCAAGUCACGCCGCCCGCUCCAAGCCGGGAUACUUCGAUGUGGAGCAGACCUUUAUCCGCAUGUACAUCAUGUCCGAAGAUCUCAUAGACGAGGUCAAGGCUAACAAGGGCCAGCCGCAGCCCAACAUAGUCCUUCCCGAUCCGGAGAUGUUCGCGUGGGGAUAUCACACGGUAUCGGAACCAUUGCUGGGUGGCAAUUCGCCGAAUGAAAAUACCACGCGACCGAAUAUUCCCAUUUUCCUUGAGCCGUUUCCCGGUCUACACACCUACAAGAAGACACCGAUGGAACCGGUCAUCGAAAAGGACUACUUGGACGCGCGUGAGGUCAAGGCACUGCAACGACUGAACGAGCAGGAGGCUAUCAACAAAAUAUUCAAGAACCAGAAGCCAACUAUGUCGUUGUUCAACGAGCCACGCCGUCGCUAUGAUGUUUUCGACGUGGAGCCGCUCAAGAGACCUGCAUAUUUGGACGCCCUAAUGCCACGCGAGAAGAUAUUCGAAAUAGACGUGUACGAAAACCCAGAUCCGAUCAUCCGUAUUGGACCCGUGAACUCAUUUUUCAGGGAAUCGAAAUCUCCUAGUACCCCAAAGACGCCCUAUCAUGUCGACUUGGGAAUAUUCCUCAAAAAAGUUACCGCUCGAAAGAAAAAAAAAGUGAAAGCGAUCGACGCUGCUAGUGGCGCUAGGAAGCGACACCGUUCUGAGAAGAGACAAAAGGAGCACAAGAGAUCCAGGAAAGAACCGGAAAGAUCUGGCAAUAAGGUGAAGGAAGAACCUGUGAAGGUUCCACGAAAAGUCGUCACUGCGGAUCCACCAAAAAAAGUCGAAGUGCCGAAAGUCGUGAUAGACAAGGUCAUCGAUGAGAAGACGCGCGAAAAAAAGGUUGAGAAGGCUUCCACUUGGGGCACCGGAAACGAUAUUGCCCGUAAGAAAUCUCACCAGAAGCGCACCCCUUCUGAGACGAUCAAGAAGCACCAGGGAUCCAACAAAGAUUCCAAAAGUGACGUCCAUCGUGAGAAGGCUCCACAGAGAACCGACACCGCUGACCCACCAAAAAAGCCAAAGUCCAGUUCAGGCCACUCGAAACAAAUUCAGAACGUUUGUCCUACUGGAAAAACCACUGCUGUGUCGCAGGCAGAGAAAAACAAGGAAGACGCUGCAAAAUUCUUGGAAAGAAUUUUCGAUGAGCUGAUACGCCAAGAAAAGGCUAAGAAGGAGGCUUCCACUUCACGCUCCGAAAACGAUAAUUCGCGUAAGAAAUCAACCCAUAAACGAAGCCAUUCCGAGGAAAAACACAAGAAGCACAAGAGAUCCAAAAGCACAAAAGAUUCGGAAACAGACUCCAAAAGCACACAAGAUUCGAAAAUAGACUAUAAUACUAAGAAGAUUCCACAAAUAAUUAAAACUGCUGAUCCAGCAAAAAAUCUAGAGAGCACUAAAGUCGCAUCGAAAAUCCAGCCAACAAUCCAGACCAUAAUUCCCAGCAAAACCACUGCUGUGUCAAAGGUAGAGGAAAACAAGGAAAAUUUAUUCAUGAUUUCGAAAUCCAUGAACAAGGUUUUCGAAGAGCUGAAGCGCCAAGAAAAGGUUGAGAACGCUUCCCGAUCCGAGCACAAGCACACGGUGCACAAGAAGCACAAGAGAUCCAAGAGCACAAAAGAUUCGGAAACAGACUCCAAAAGCACAAAAGAUUCGAAAACAGUCUCCAAUACUAAGAAGAUUCCAGAAAUAUUUAAAACUACUGAUCCAGCAAAAAAUCAAGAGAGCACUAAAGUCGCAUCGAAAAUCCAGCCAACAAUCCAGACCAUAAUUCCCAGCAAAACCACUGCUGUGUCAAAGGUAGAGGAAAACAAGGAAAAUUUAUUCAUGAUUUCGAAAUCCAUGAACAAGGAUUUCGAAGAGCUGAAGCGCCAAGAAAAGGUUGAGAACAUUUCCCGAUCCGAGCACAAGCACACGGUGCACAAGAAGCACAAGAAGCACAAGAGAUCCAAGAGCACAAAAGAUUCGGAAACAGACUCCAAAAGCACAAAAGAUUCGAAAACAGACUCCAAUACUAAGAAGAUUCCAGAAAUAAUUAAAACUACUGAUCCAGCAAAAAAUCAAGAGAGCACUAAAGUCGCAUCGAAAAUCCAGCCAACAAUCCAGACCAUAAUUCCCAGAAAAACCACUGCUGUGUCAAAGGUAGAGGAAAACAAGGAAAAUUUAUUCAUGAUUUCGAAAUCCAUGAACACGGUUUUCGAAGAGCCGAAGCGCCAAGAAAAGGUUGAGAACGUUUCCCGAUCCGAGCACAAGCACACGGUGCACAAGAAGCACAAGAAGCACAAGAAGCACAAGAGAUCCAAGAGCACAAAAGAUUCGGAAAAUGACUCCAAAAGCACAAAAGAUUCGAAAACAGACUCCAAUACUAAGAAGAUUCCAGAAAUAAUUAAAACUACUGAUCCAGCAAAAAAUCAAGAGAGCACUAAAGUCGCAUCGAAAAUCCAGCCAACAAUCCAGACCAUAAUUCCCAGCAAAACCACUGCUGAGUCAAAGGUAGAGGAAAACAAGGAAAAUCUAUUCAUGAUUUCGAAAUCCAUGAACAAGGUUUUCGAAGAGCUGAAGUGCCAAGAAAAGGUUGAGAACGUUUCCCGAUCCGAGCACAAGCACACGGUGCACAAGAAGCACAAGAGCACAAAAGAUUCGGAAACAGACUCCAAAAGCACAAAAGAUUCGAAAACAGACUCCAAUACUAAGAAGAUUCCAGAAAUAAUUAAAACUACUGAUCCAGCAAAAAAUCAAGAGAGCACUAAAGUCGCAUCGAAAAUCCAGCCAACAAUCCAGACCAUAAUUCCCAGCAAAACCACUGCUGAGUCAAAGGUAGAGGAAAACAAGGAAAAUCUAUUCAUGAUUUCGAAAUCCAUGAACAAGGUUUUCGAAGAGCUGAAGUGCCAAGAAAAGGUUGAGAACGUUUCCCGAUCCGAGCACAAGCACACGGUGCACAAGAAGCACAAGAGCACAAAAGAUUCGGAAACAGACUCCAAAAGCACAAAAGAUUCGAAAACAGACUCCAAUACUAAGAAGAUUCCAGAAAUAAUUAAAACUACUGAUCCAGCAAAAAAUCAAGAGAGCACUAAAGUCGCAUCGAAAAUCCAGCCAACAAUCCAGACCAUAAUUCCCAGCAAAACCACUGCUGUGUCAAAGGUAGAGGAAAACAAGGAAAAUCUAUUCAUGAUUUCGAAAUCCAUGAACAAGGUUUUCGAAGAGCUGAAGUGCCAAGAAAAGGUUGAGAACGUUUCCCGAUCCGAGCACAAGCACACGGUGCACAAGAAGCACAAGAGCACAAAAGAUUCGGAAACAGACUCCAAAAGCACAAAAGAUUCGAAAACAGACUCCAAUACUAAGAAGAUUCCAGAAAUAAUUAAAACUACUGAUCCAGCAAAAAAUCAAGAGAGCACUAAAGUCGCAUCGAAAAUCCAGCCAACAAUCCAGACCAUAAUUCCCAGCAAAACCACUGCUGAGUCAAAGGUAGAGGAAAACAAGGAAAAUCUAUUCAUGAUUUCGAAAUCCAUGAACAAGGUUUUCGAAGAGCUGAAGUGCCAAGAAAAGGUUGAGAACGUUUCCCGAUCCGAGCACAAGCACACGGAGCACAAGAGCACAAAAGAUUCGGAAACAGACUCCAAAAGCACAAAAGAUUCGAAAACAGACUCCAAUACUAAGAAGAUUCCAGAAAUAAUUAAAACUACUGAUCCAGCAAAAAAUCAAGAGAGCACUAAAGUCGCAUCGAAAAUCCAGCCAACAAUCCAGACCAUAAUUCCCAGCAAAACCACUGCUGUGUCAAAGGUAGAGGAAAACAAGGAAAAUCUAUUCAUGAUUUCGAAAUCCAUGAACAAGGUUUUCGAAGAGCUGAAGUGCCAAGAAAAGGUUGAGAACGUUUCCCGAUCCGAGCACAAGCACACGGUGCACAAGAAGCACAAGAGCACAAAAGAUUCGGAAACAGACUCCAAAAGCACAAAAGAUUCGAAAACAGACUCCAAUACUAAGAAGAUUCCAGAAAUAAUUAAAACUACUGAUCCAGCAAAAAAUCAAGAGAGCACUAAAGUCGCAUCGAAAAUCCAGCCAACAAUCCAGACCAUAAUUCCCAGCAAAACCACUGCUGUGUCAAAGGUAGAGGAAAACAAGGAAAAUCUAUUCAUGAUUUCGAAAUCCAUGAACAAGGUUUUCGAAGAGCUGAAGUGCCAAGAAAAGGUUGAGAACGUUUCCCGAUCCGAGCACAAGCACACGGAGCACAAGAGCACAAAAGAUUCGGAAACAGACUCCAAAAGCACAAAAGAUUCGAAAACAGACUUCAAUACUAAGAAGAUUCCAGAAAUAAUUAAAACUACUGAUCCAGCAAAAAAUCAAGAGAGCACUAAAGUCGCAUCGAAAAUCCAGCCAACAAUCCAGACCAUAAUUCCCAGCAAAACCACUGCUGUGUCAAAGGUAGAGGAAAACAAGGAAAAUCUAUUCAUGAUUUCGAAAUCCAUGAACAAGGUUUUCGAAGAGCUGAAGUGCCAAGAAAAGGUUGAGAACGUUUCCCGAUCCGAGCACAAGCACACGGUGCACAAGAAGCACAAGAGCAUAAAAGAUUCGGAAACAGACUCCAAAAGCACAAAAGAUUCGAAAACAGACUCCAAUACUAAGAAGAUUCCAGAAAUAAUUAAAACUACUGAUCCAGCAAAAAAUCAAGAGAGCACUAAAGUCGCAUCGAAAAUCCAGCCAACAAUCCAGACCAUAAUUCCCAGCAAAACCACUGCUGUGUCAAAGGUAGAGGAAAACAAGGAAAAUUUAUUCAUGAUUUCGAAAUCCAUGAACAAGGUUUUCGAAGAGCUGAAGCGCCACGAAAAAGUUGAGAACAUUUCCCGAUCCGAGCACAAGCACACGGUGCACACGGUGCACAAGAAGCACAAGAAGCACAAGAAGCACAAGAAGCACAAGAAGCACAAGAGAUCCAAGAGCAUAAAAGAUUCGGAAACAGACUCCAAAAGCACAAAAGAUUCGAAAACAGACUCCAAUACUAAGAAGAUUCCAGAAAUAAUUAAAACUACUGAUCCAGCAAAAAAUCAAGAGAGCACUAAAGUCGCAUCGAAAAUCCAGCCAACAAUCCAGACCAUAAUUCCCAGCAAAACCACUGCUGAGUCAAAGGUAGAGGAAAACAAGGAAAAUCUAUUCAUGAUUUCGAAAUCCAUGAACAAGGUUUUCGAAGAGCUGAAGUGCCAAGAAAAGGUUGAGAACGUUUCCCGAUCCGAGCACAAGCACACGGUGCACAAGAAGCACAAGAGCACAAAAGAUUCGGAAACAGACUCCAAAAGCACAAAAGAUUCGAAAACAGACUCCAAUACUAAGAAGAUUCCAGAAAUAAUUAAAACUACUGAUCCAGCAAAAAAUCAAGAGAGCACUAAAGUCGCAUCGAAAAUCCAGCCAACAAUCCAGACCAUAAUUCCCAGCAAAACCACUGCUGUGUCAAAGGUAGAGGAAAACAAGGAAAAUCUAUUCAUGAUUUCGAAAUCCAUGAACAAGGUUUUCGAAGAGCUGAAGUGCCAAGAAAAGGUUGAGAACGUUUCCCGAUCCGAGCACAAGCACACGGUGCACAAGAAGCACAAGAAGCACAAGAAGCACAAGAAGCACAAGAGAUCCAAGAGCACAAAAGAUUCGGAAACAGACUCAAAAAGCACAAAAGAUUCGAAAACAGACUCCGAUACUAAGAAGAUUCCAAAGAAAACCGAUACUGCUGAUCCACCAAAAAAACCAAAGACCAGUUCAGAUCCAUCUGGAAUCCAGCGUGAGAAGUUACCUGGAAUACCCACUGUUGUGCCCCAGGUGGAGAAAAGCAAGGAAAAUCGAGUCAAGGUGCACCACAAGCAGAAGCACAAAGAAAAGGUUGAGACGACUUCCACUUCGGGCUCCGGGCACGGUAAUGCCAGCAGGAAGCGUUCGAAAUCGCAUGAAGGUGAACAGGCAGAAGAACCAAACAAAAAAAUUCGAAAAGUUUUGAACUCUAAAUAAAACUGCAACUCGGGUUGGGCUCGGAAAUAUUAUCAUUUGAGCGCCAAGACCUGCACUCGACAAAAAGUGCGAGAAAAAAUAA